GUGACGACGGACCAACCCAAGCAUCGCAGGCGCACCCUUAUACUCCCUCCCUCCUUCCCUCCUUUCCCCCUGAACGUACUACUAGUAGUUCGAUUUGCUCUGGAGUCUGGAGCCUGGACCCAACAGAUAGAUAGAUAGAUAGAGAGAGAGAGCUGCGACAGCCGACGGCAUGUUGCUGCUUCGGAGAAGAGCGGCUGCCGCUUUGCUCCUCGUCUUCGCGGCGGCGGCGGCGAUGGAGGAAGCGUCGUCGCUGCCGGUGGUGGAGCCGAUGGAGCUCUACUUCUCGCCCGCGGAGCUGGCGCGCAUCGCGGGGUACGGCGAGGAGCCCGUGUCGUCGGUGUCCGUGUCCGGGCAGGUCGCCUGCGAGCUCUGCCUCCGCCCCGGCUCCGACCUCCUCGCCUUCGAGCUGCCAGGUGCUAAGGUAGCUGUACUCUGCGAAACCGAGUGUCCCAAUGAUCAAGCGGCCAACUCUGCACUUGCAACGACUGACGAAUUCGGCAACUUCACAAUAGAUCUCCCUUCCCAGCUCCACGCCACAGCAAAUCUGGAGAGGGCCUGCACCGUGAAGGUGCUCCAGCUCCCGGCGGACUCCUCAUGCCGCCUCCGCCACCAACCCAGCACAACCUAUGGCCUCAUGCUAGCCUCCCAAGAAGAUGGCGUUCGAGCCUACACCACGGGGGUGAUACGGCUACAAAACAAUGAUACGCCGCAUGGCAAGUGUGUGAGUGUAGAGGAAAGAACUGGAAGAAGAUGAACAAUUGAAGCAGGAAUCAAGCAAUGGCGGCGUGUGAAAUGUGGAGUUCACGUUUGCAUGAACUUUGAAGAGGAAGAAGCUAAAAAUUUGAGGAAGACAAGUUCACUGGCCUCUAGUAUAGCUGAGUUAAGCAUGUAUAUAAAUGGAGGCUGAUAUGUGUGUGUAAAUCUUAGCAACGACAAAUGUGCAGGAAUCAGAGGGUUCAUCUUCAGAAGAGUUCUUGACGAGGAGUGUUCAGUGUACAGUACUAUAGCAACAAGGAAAGCCACGCGUUUGACAAAUACCGCAAAUUACCUACACAACAUGUUGAUUCAUACUACAUUUAUCAAUGGAAGUUGUCAUUUGGUACCGCGAGAA